AUGACACUAACACUGUCCAGAGUCACACCCACUGAUGAGGGGCAGUAUACCUGCCACCUCGAGACCCAGAAGUCCACCACUCACAGCAACACAGUCACCAUCAGCAUUGUGAAAUUGAAUCAGCCACGCAUCGUCCUGACGUCUCCUGAUGGAGGGCUAGCCAGGUUUGCUGAGCGUUCAGAGAUCACCAGGGGUCACAGCUUCAUCAUCACCUGCUCUAUAUCUCCCCAGUAUCCUGGAGGCGUCUUCCAUCUCACCUUCUCUGGCUCCAACAUUGACACUAAGCCAGCAGUCAACCACUCAGCCUCCUUUCUGUUCCCUGUGGCAGAGUUUAGACACCAGGGAAACUACAGCUGUGUGUACCAAGUCGAAGUAGCCUCACACAACUUGAGCUCUCCCAGCUCAAUGCCGGUGACUGUCAUCAUUAAGUUGAAACUGAAUCAGCCACACAUCGUCCUGACGUCUCCUGAUGGAGGGCUCGCCAGGUUUGCUGAGCGUUCAGAGAUCACCAGGGGUCACAGCUUCAUCAUCACCUGCUCUAUAUCUCCCCAGUAUCCUGGAGGCAUCUUCCACCUCACCUUCUCUGGCUCCAACAUUGACACUAAGCCAGCAGUCAACCACUCAGCCUCCUUUCUGUUCCCUGUGGCAGAGUUUAAACACCAGGGAAUCUACAGCUGUGUGUACCAAGUCGAAGACGCUGCACAGAACUUCAGCUCCUCCAGCGCAUUGCCAGUGACUGUCAUCAUUCAGUCGCCCUCGUUGCUGAUGGUGUGUUUAGUAGCAGCCAGCAGCCUGUUGCUGUUCCUGGUCAUCUUGGCGGUCGUCUGUGUGGUCUACAGAAGAAGACGAGGAGCCAGGCAGCUUGAAGCUCACAUCCAAACUCCAAUGGCUGUCACACUCAGGAACCACUAUGUAGACAGUGAUGAGGAGGAGGAGGAGGAGGAGGAGGAACGGGACUACGUGAACGUGGACCCAGCAGCCACCAAGGAGAAACAGUGGAAGCUAGCAGGAGCAGAUGAGGAAGAGAGUGAUGAAGAUCAUGAUUAUGAAGAAGCUCAGGAUGACUAUGUCACUCUUUCUUGA